AUGAACCUGCCCAGACUCGUCACCCUCCUCGCCGUGGCUUUCCACGGCCACGCCAUUGCCAUAAUCCAGCCAGAGCAGCAAGGUCAACUCGCGGGAGGAGGAGGCGAAACGGCAACAGACGGCGCCAUGUCCAAGAGAGCACGGCAGCCAUCCGCCCAGGCCAUCGACAACGCCGCAAGAGCCUGGCAACGAGACACGGGCGUCGUGUCGAAUUUCCUAUCCAACGCCGAGUCCAUGGGCUCGCAGCAGCUCCAGCAACAGGCCCGCAUUGCCCUCUCCGCCGAAAACGACGAGCUCAACCACAAGGCGGUGCUGGACCAAAUGUUUCUCAAGGGCUCGCCCAAGGAUCGAAAGGCGUCCGUCCGACAAGCCAACAAUGUCCUGGACACGCAGGGCACGUUUCAGUUUGUGGUGGACGGACUGCAGACUCUUUCGAGGCGCGGUGCCAGAAUGUCGCCGGGCCAAGUGAGUUCCAUGGUUCGGGCCAUCAACCAGGACCGGUGUCCGAAUGUGCUGCCGGCGAUUGACUCGUACAUGGCUGCGGCUGCUGGCGCCGGGCAGGGCGGGAGGGCACUCAAGGCUAUACGGCCAACUCAGUGCUGA